GCGCAGUGCUCUCGCUGGCUUUAUUUGUGGGCCCGGAGGAGAGGCGGCAACUGCCACCAUUCCACAGCGAUGGCCUCGAAAGAGCUUUUUCUGUGGUGCGUCGUACUGGUGUGGGUCUCCGAUCUCACGCAGGCUGAUCCAAAAGCUCCUGUUGUGCAAGUGUAUUCCCGCCAUCCUGUGACACAUGGCAAGGAAAAUGUUUUGCACUGCUACGCGGAGAAUUUCCACCCUCCAAAAAUCAAUGUCACUCUCCUGAAGAAUAAUGUUAAAUUAGCUAACGUCAAGCAGUCUGACCUUUCUUUCAAGGAAGACUGGACCUUCCAGCUUCUGACUUACGCUACGGUGGUUCCAAAUGGAAAUGAUGAAUAUUUGUGCGUGGUGGACCACCAGGCCCUGGACAAACCAGUCACUGUCAAAUGGGAGCAGGAUCACUAAGCCAGUAAUCUGCAGUCUAUAAGAUUUGAUCAACACUGGUUCCAAAGGAUAUGCUUAUGAGAUUUGAGUUGACUUCCUAUACUCUUUCUGCUCAUGAUUGAUUGGGGAGCACCACUUUCAGAUUUUUAAAGCAGUGCAUUUUCAGCUUUUCUGGAAAGGAUUAAAGAUAGCCUUACAAAUUUGGACCUGUGUGUGAUUAUAUAAGUUUUCCUAUAUUUUAUAUGAACGCUUAAAAGCUUCACCGCUUUCUCUCCACUACUACUUGUUAAAUCUUCUGGGAAUAUUAGUUUGCCUCAAUUUGCUUAUUAAAGAUAAUAAUGGGGCCAGAUGACUUUCAAAAAAUGAUAGUUAAAUUUAUAAACUGCGAGAUAUGUUGAUCUUUAGGGCCACAGGUGCAGAUAUACUACAGCAUAUUAAGAGUGCAUAUUUCCUUAGAGCAUACUAUAAAACGCUUGAGGUUGAGUUUCCAGAGGAUGUGGGUUGUGUAGCAGGUGUCUGACACUGAUAAAAAAAUUGUUGUCCUUUGAAAGCGGGGAGAGGACUGCUUCUGAGGUAUUCAGAAACCACCGAGUGACCUUGUUAUGAGACCAUCUAUGACCCUAGUGUAGCCAAAAGCGAAUUAACAUAGUUUACUCACACCCCUGAGGUGGAAAUGUUAGGAAACUGAACGCGCUAAGCUUAUUAUGGGAUGUUAGUAUGGGUAAGCAAAUCAAGUGCAUUUGCUUACCCAUGUAGCCAAUCAUGUUUUUAUACAUACCUCCUUCCUUAUUUUUUGACAAUGUAAAGACUGAUGUAGGACUUUGCUCAACGUUCUUUCUUCGGAGAGAUGGGACCCUUCUUGCCAAAGGGUGGUCUUUUUACCUCAAUAAAAAGAAUGAAAGGAUUCCCUGACUCGGUGUGUUGAUUGGACCUUGCGUGCCAGGUAGACGCCACUCUUUUGUGGCCAACGGUUUAGUUGACACGUAGCAGAAUGUAAAUUCGUUUUGUAAUCCUCCACUAAUGUAAAGGUAAUCCUCCAAUAAAGGCCUUCUAACAGCA